AUGACUGACAUUGAAUCAUGUUCAAAGGAUCAAACAAAAUACAUGACUUCAUUUUCAAAUGUUAUUGAAGAAGAAGCAGAAUCAUUACUUGGAUUUAAAUUCUAUGAAUUUUAUUAUUAUCAAACACCGAUUGAACAAUUUAUUACAACAAUAGCACCAGAACAGCUGAAGAAAAAAAUUUUUGAGCGAUUGAUCGAUUGUAUUUUAUCAGAAGGAUUUCCAGAGGGUACAAUUUUGCCAAUCAAUGAAUCAGUCGUGACAGACAACGUCGGAAUUAUUUUACAAGCCAUCGUUUCUUAUCAUAAACUUACAAUGAAUCGUAAUGAUUUUAUAUUAUUACGAGAGAAACAAAUCAUUAGUAAGAACGAACAAUUUGGUGGAAACAUGGAAUUUAUCAUAGCUCAAACUACCAAUGUCGAAAACACUCGUUAUGUACUCGUCGUCGAACCGAAAUCUGAUUCACUUGGAAAAGGACUUACUCAACUGUUAUUAGUAUUAAAAUCUAUAUGGGAUAUAAAUAAUGAUAACAAAAUGGUGUAUGGAUUGUUAACAACAGGAAUCAAUUGGCAAUUAGUAACGUAUGACGGUCAAUCUUGGAAAUUAUCAGAACCAUCUACUGUUUUACUUGCAAAUAUGAGAAAACAAGAAGAUCGAUGGUUGAAAAAUAAUACACAAAUAUUAGAUGUCAUUUAUAGUAUUUUGUCAUCAAUAUGA